CACUGGCGCCACGUGAAGAGUGCAACUUUCUCUUUAUGUGAAACUAGUUCGGUUAAACAGGCUGAAUUUUACGAUUGCGUGUUAGAUGCGGUAUAUUAAGCGUUUAAAAAGUACUUCGCUGAUCGGCGUUUCGUUUUAAUUCGCGGAUCAAGGUCUGUUACCCGACACGAUGAGCAGCUUUGAGGCCCAGUUUGUGGAUGGGAACUACGCUGCGCUUGUUCAGAGGGUUACCUCAGUGAUGGCAAUAGCAGAUGAACUAAAAAAUAAGGACAUAAUACAUGAGGAAAAAUAUUCAGAGAUCAGAGCAGAACAAACCAACCAGGGCAAAAUGAGAAAGCUCUUUGAAGCGCUUAAUGCUGGAGGACACAGAGUGAAAAAUGCCUUUUAUUAUGCUCUGAGAAAUCAUGAACCAUACCUCUUCAGAGACUUGGCCCCCUGCACCCAAGAAACUGAAGACCCCUGCAACCAAGACAUGGAAACAGACGUCACUUGGAAAAUAAUGCUGCGUUCAAGUCCUCCUGGGACGUUCGUACUUACGAGUUGA